AUCACCUGGCUAUAUUUGCGUGAUCUUAGUAUAACGAGCCAAGCGAGUGACUUGCAGGUUGUGUGCUGCUAUACUUCGAAUAUCCUUACUUUCUCGGCAUGGGGAAACGCACCAUGAUGUCCUAUGGUUGAGUUAGCGUAAAGAGAAGUUCGAAAAACAACACAGAAUUGGAAAAAAUACGAGGAUAGAGAGCUAUCGACAGCUAUGGCCGGYCUUGUUGUCAUUGUUAUCAUCUGUGCCACCUUGGCGAGUACCGUUUCCAACGCUCAAAAAUGCCCCUCAACUUGUACAUGUACUAUUCUAGAAGAUAAAACUCUUGGAAUUUACUGUUCCAAGCAAACGGCAGGCGSUUUCGUGGAAGACUGGCCGCCAGAAACGUCGAAAUUAAAUUUAUCCAAUAGUGGACAGCAAAUCAAGUGGUCUGCUCUUUCAUCAUUAAAAAACUUAACAGAAUUGGACUUAACAGGCAACAAUGUCAAUUGUAAUUGUGAUUAUUAUAAAUAUUGGAAAAACAACAUCCACCCUUCAUCUGGGUUCAAGAUCAAAGGAGCAUGCGCAGAACCAAGCAGUCGAAAAGGGAGAUCGUUGAGUCAAGUUGGUGCUGAUAUGAAACAAGAAUGUGAUCGAAGUAAGCUAUUUGACAAAACAAGUCCUCAUGUAGUGAUUUCCACUCAAAAACCCAUGAAAAGUGUUUCUCAGAAACAGAUUCAACCCACGGCAACACUAUCGUCGAGUUCUGCCACAAGUGAAACAGAAGUUCUUGAAAGCGCUGGUCCUGUAAAAAUUGGUUCGAUAAAGGAAUCAUCUAGUAAAGCUAUGCCCUCUACUACUUCAGCUAGUAUGGCUUCUAGUACGUCAGUCACUCGCCAUGCUGUCGUACCUGCUCCUGUACAAACUGCCAUAGCAGCAACUACAACGUCGCCAGUACAAGAGACGACGUCGUCAGCUUAUGAGMGAUCAACAACAUCUUCAUCGACACAAAUAACAACAGAGAAACAAUCUACCACAACAGAGCAACCUACCACAACAGCAGCUCCACCUCCAAUAACAACGGAACAACCUACCACAGCCAAACAGCCUACCACAACAAAACAACCUACCACARCAAAGCCACAACCUCCUGUAAUAAAGACACAGCCUCCCACAACAACAAAACGGCCGACYACUACAGAAAUGAAACCAGAAACGACUUCAGUCCAAGAUACAACAUCAGRAGCCACUAGCCCUGAGCGAACUACUACRGAAUCGCCGAUGACAGARGAAGCGACCACAGAUUCCCCUCCCACCCCUCCCAARCCAGGUCCACCAACCAUCAUUCUCUACCUGCAAAGCAGUGUGGUUAAGAUCGGYUCUGUAGUAGACGUUAUMUGUAAAGUUGAAGGUUUUCCUAAACCAGAGGUUGAUGUCACUGUCAACGGAAAAGACGCAAAGAGUGUGUUCGGAAUGUUUCAGAAGCAGAAGACUGGUGCUAAGGUGGUGUUUGAGGCAAAGUUUACCUCAGAAGUGAUAUGUUAUGCGAAGAAUAAGUUUGGCGUGAAGAAAGAGACGCUUAGAGUUGAAGUUAAAGGUAUGUAGGUAAUGAAUGUAGUU